CGCGCCAUAACGUUCAAACAGCUUGGCACGCCGCCUUCUCGACUCUACCUCAACACAUCCGUGUGUCUUUCUGUGCCUGCCGAAGCUCACGUGUCUUACCCUUGAUUGUGAACUGGCUUGCUCUCAAAGGAUGUCUGGCGAGAAGCGACCUGCCCCGGAGGCAUUUAGUUCCUCCAACCAGCUCGUCGUCAAGCGAAAGAAGUCCGAUGCUAGUAUUGAUAGCACAGCUGUGAUCAAAGGCUUCUCGCGAGAUGGAACUCUCGUGCAAUCAGUUCCCCGCACCAGCGGGCUCCAGGCCCCGAUCAUGGAAUUGACAGGCCAUUCUGGCGAGGUUUUCUCCGUCCGGUUCGAUGCGUCAGGCCAGCACAUUGCUUCAGGAUCGAUGGAUAGAUCAAUCUUGCUUUGGAACACAUACGGAGAUUGCGGAAAUUACGGUGUACUGUCAGGACAUCGAGGUGCUGUUCGCGAUCUGCGGUGGUCUCGAGACUCUAGGACGGUAUUCUCCGCAUCAACAGACAUGACACUCGCCAGCUGGGAUCUCGAAACAGGGCAGAGGAUCCGACGACACGUUGGUCAUGAGGAUUACAUUAAUUGUCUUGAUAUCAGCAAUAGAGGGCAGGAUUUACUGGUUAGCGCCAGCAACGAUGGCAGUAUAGGCAUCUGGGAUCCUCGCCAGAAAGACGCCAUCGAUUAUGUGGAAGGGGAGCUUCCCAUCACCGCUGUGGCUCUCUCUGAGGCUGGCAAUGAAAUAUACAGUGGUGGUAUAGACAACACCAUUCAUACAUGGGAUAUCCGAAAGAAGAGUAUCGUCUACUCUUUAGCGGGACAUACGCAUACAAUCAGCUCGCUUGAACUGUCACCGGACUCGCAAACACUUCUCUCGAAUUCUUUUGACUCUACCGUACGGACAUGGGACAUUCGGCCUUUUGCACCAGCCAAUCGACACAUUCGGACCUUCGACGGCGCUCCCGUAGGCUUGGAAGAGAACUUGAUUCGGGCCAGUUGGGAUUCGACGGGUGAGAAGAUCGCGGCCGGAAGCGGGGACCGGAGUGUUGUUGUAUGGAAUUCCAAGAACGGGAAACUCCUAUACAAACUACCAGGGCAUAAAGGGACCGUUAAUGAUGUUCGCUUCUCUCCUAAUAAUGAGCCAAUAAUUGUAUCUGGGUCAUCCGACCGCACUUUAUUACUUGGUGAGCUUGGCAAGUGAGCUUGUCCUUGAGUUCGUGUCAGACCAUGAGCAAAGUAGGCUACGUCAUAGCACGGUACACAAAGCAACAAGACCACUCUGUGCGCAGCCCUAGCGAGACUUGUGCAGUUCUGACUUGCGAAAAUCAUUCAAGCACAUUCAAGCGAGGCCUAGGGUAUCCUAUUCAGGGAUUAAAGGACAAUGACUGAAUUACACGUGCCCGGACAAGGCUACUGUUGGAUCUUCCAGCUACCCUAAUUUGAUGUAUAUGUUUGGUAGACUAUCUACUGUGCGAUACUGCAAAGCAUCGCUGUCCGAUCAUUGAUUGCUUGGGUCCUAUCGUAUAGUCAUGUAUACAUUUCAGCGGAACGCACUGUUAACCAUUUCACUGUUUAGUACCCAAAAACAAUUAUGACAUCAUUGAAGAGGGAGAGAAUUCGGGAAUGUGUGUACAGUACUGGGUUUGCCAUGUGCUAGAUUGUGCAAUGUGAUCAGCGG